ACAGGAGCGAUCAUCACCAACAGAAAAUCAACGAUACAAGAAAAGGUGUCAGUCAGUCAGCGUGACUUGAUUUUACGACGGCAUUGAUUAUUAGUAGUAUUUAUUGGUUCGCUUGAUAGCCUACUGAGCCGGUGAAAUCUAACACGUCGCCAAGGAAGGAAGGAAUGAUGAGUCGCUUGAAUUUGAAUAUUUUCGUUAUGGCAGCUCUGGGCUCCGUUCUGCUCCUGCUCCUGUCCCAGGGGGUCCGGGGCUCGCCUGUUGCAACGGCACAGGAGCCGAUCCGUUGCGCCCCGUGCUCACCGGAGAGAAUAGCCUCGUGCCCCGCGGUGGAUCCUAGUUGCGAGGAGGUCCUCCGAGAGCCUGGCUGCGGGUGCUGCAUGGCGUGCGCAUUAAAGGCAGGGGUCUCGUGCGGCUCACACACAGCGUCCUGCGGCUCCGGUCUCCGCUGUCUCCCCAAACCCGGCGAGACGAGGCCCCUUCACGCGCUCCUCCGAGGACAGGGCAUCUGCACGGAGAAACCCGACACCGACACGGAACGCAAUCAGACUCCACAGACUGCCGAACAACCCAGUGAGGCAGACGGUGAAUCCGUGGUGACAGAAGCGGGGAACCCCCUCAUCCUCUCCGGCCACGGAAAGCCCAUCGACCCGCGGUUAGCCGCCGGCGCGCAAGAGAGUAUGAAGGCCAAAGCGAACGCCAUUAAGCGGAAACUAGUGGAGCAGGGCCCAUGUCACGUGGAACUCCAAAGGGCGCUUGAGAAAAUCUCCAAGUCUCAGCAGAAGUUGGGGGACAAGCUCACCAGAUUCUACCUCCCCAACUGUGACAAAGUUGGUCGCUACAAAGCCAAGCAGUGUGAGUCUUCGCUGGACGGUACAAGGGGCAAGUGCUGGUGCGUGUCUCUAUGGAGCGGGAAGAGAAUUCCGGGCAGUGGCGACCUUCCAGAAGAUUCCGAGUGCCCUCUAGAGUAUAAUCACUGAUGCACAAGAUACCCUCCCAUCUCUCUCUCUCUCUCUCUCUCUCUCUCUCUCUCUCUCUCUCUCUCUCUCUCUCUCUCUCUCUCUCUCUCUCUCUCUCUCUCUCCCUUCCAUCCCUCCCUCACCACUACUGAUGUCGUCCUUUAAAAAAGAAAAGCCUUAUUUAUUUAUUAUUGUCUUUUAUUUACUUCUUUUGGGUCAGUAAUUCAGGUACAUGCGCUGUUAUCGGUGGUUUGACAUGUUCCACCGAAAAGAAAAAAAGAAUAUAUUUUUUUUCCAUAAAGGGAAAAGUAUGACAUUUCUAUGUAUUUAACAUGCACUAUAUAAUCUUAUUUAUUUUUCAAUCCUGUGUAUUCAUAUUGAUAUUGGAUUGUUUCUUAUAAUUUCCAUAUUUAUAUCCUCUUGUUGUUUUAUUUUUAUGUCAUGUCUUUGGUUGUUUGCUGUAAAGUGGUUGUGUUCAUUUUUUUUUUUUUUUGCUGUGUGCUACGAGGCAGAGGAAUCACUGUGACCAAACUUCUUUGAUAUUCCUCCCCCUCACACGCGCACACACAAAGAGACAUUUUCACACAUACAUUGCAUGUCGCAUUUUUGGGGCGACUGUUUACUGUUGGUUUUUUUGCUGUUUCUGUUGUGUAAUUGUUGUCCUUUUUUAUGAUUUUAUUUUAUUUGUUUCUUUUGCGCACUGACUGAUGUCUCAUCUGGUUUGUGGCACUGAUCCGUGCAUGUGCUGGGCCAAGACCAGGCACAUGUGCUCUUAACCUGGUACCCCCUCGUCUGCUCCUCUGAUUGGACGGCGGGGUUCCAUUGACCCUUGAGCCCUGUGACUAGUAUGGAGGUGACAUCACACUCCCAUUCCGUGAUCCAGGGCGGGGUCUGAAUGUUUGAACUACCUCAUAGCGUCAGAAAUGCAUGCAGUGAUGUGUGUGUGUGUGUGUGUGUGUGACCGUAUGUGUGUGUAUUUGUGCUUGGUGAAAUGUGUAUCGGAUGUGUGUGGGUGUAUCGGUCUUUUUUUGUAUGCAUAGAUGAAGUGAAUGUUUGUUUAGUGUUAAGUAUGAGGAUGGUGGAUACACUAUUUUGUGUCUUUGUGCCAAUCUUCCAUGUCAGUUUCUUGAACUCCAAAGGACUGUUCUUUCAUGUGCAUACUGUACACUAUUUUGCAAUUUCUUUUGGCAUAUACAUAUAUCUAUAUAUUUAAUAAACUAUUUAAUCAAA